UGUGUUUUGUCAUGUGACCGUAACACGGCUCAGUUAGUACUCCGUUUCCCGUUUCCCUUCUACAGGCACCAAACUGAAAGCAUUGCUUCCCUUAAUGCUCCACAACGUUUCAGACGAGUGACUUCAUGGCUCUUCAUUUACACUCGGACUCGUGUUUGGUUCAGUUUUACUGCCCGUCGGGCUUUGUUCAGGACUUACAUGCCAGUCUGUGGUAGACUGACAGCCCCAGCGGCUUCCCGGCAGGCCUCUCUGUUCACCGUGUGAGCAUCAGUCCACACGCCGCGGUUGGGUGGGUCCAGCUCGGCUUCAGAGGCAGCAUGGCCCCGGUGCACAGCUAGCCUCUGCUCUUCAAAGCUACAGGAAAAAAAAAAGAGGAAUCAUAUCUGUGGUGAACUGUUGAGCUUGGGUGUCAAUGCUAACGAAGUUUUGCUGUCAGGAUGAACGCAGGCACUCAGCAGAGUGAUACCAAGAGACAGCACCUCCUGGAGAGGCUACUGGAUGCAGUCAAACAGUGCCAAAUUCGCUUUGGAGGGAGAAAAGAGAUCGCCACAGACUCAGACAGCAGGGUGAUCUGUCUGUGUGCUCAGUUUGAAGCGGUGCUGCAGCAUGGUCUGAGGAAGAGCCGAGGCCUGGCCCUCACCGCCGCCGCUCUGAAGCAGGCUGCAGGCUUCAGCAGCAAGACUGAAGCAGAGUUGACUUUCUGGUUCUAUGUAAAAGAGCAUCUGAACCGCCACGAGCUGCAGCGCUUCUACUCCCUUCGUCAGAUCUCCUCUGAGCUGGGCAGAGGUCGAGCCUGGCUGCGCUGCGCCCUCAAUGAGCACUCACUGGAGCGCUACCUGCACACACUGCUGGCUGACCGCCCGCGCCUCGGAACUUACUAUGAAGACUGGGCAUUUAUUCUGGACGAAGAGAGGGCUAGUAUGCUCCCCACAAUGGCAGCAGGUCUGAACUCUAUCCUGUUUGCCAUCAACAUCGACAACAGCGACCUGAACGGCGGGGUGACGCGAGGAGGGGGCUCCUCGGUGUCCCACCUCCUGAAGGAGUCGACGCAGGGCAUCGGCAGCCUCUGGAAAGAGUCGACUCAGGGCGUCAGCAGCCUGCUGAGGGAGAUCAGCACGGCCACAGCAGUGGUGCCGGGCUUCAGUCCCAGAGUGGAGGGGGCCUCAGACCCUCUGCCCGUUGUGCCCCGCAGCACCUCUGCUGACUCCGGGCUGAGGAAAGAGCGCCGGAGGAAAAAGAAAAUCACCAACAUCAUAUCCUUUGAUGACGACCUGGACGGCGGGGCGGAGGAUGAGGAGGAGGGGGAGGAGGACUCCCAGAAGACUGCCGCGAUGAGGAAGAGUCACACCGCUCCCGCUCAGAGCAGCGUGGAGGAAGGGGUAGACCCUCUGGAGCCCGACUUCUCCGAGUCGCCGGCUCAGAACGGCCUGGACGAGCCUGGCAUUGUCAGCUGGGUGGGGUCCCCUCAUCCCUGCCACGCUCCUCCCCACACUGCAACCUCUCUGCCCGACAGUAGGAGUAUAGACAAUGAUGAGGAGGAGGAAGAGGAGGAGAUGUACAAACCUAAAGCACAACCGCAGGAGGAGGAGGAGGAGGAGAGGAUGAGCUCUAAUCAAAUGGUGGUCGGCAGCCUGCCCACAGUGUCCACAUGGAGUCCUCUACAGGUGAUGAAGGUCCACAGCAGCUCAGACAUCCUCAUUCCCUUGAACCCUGCAGACAAUCAGCCAGUGAGCUCUGUGGAAGACACGGCUGCAUUUCCUGCUCAGCGCGAGUCGACAGGACCGCUGGGGAACUGUGAGAGCAGCAGAUCCAUGCUAACAUUCAAUAUGGAGUCCAGUCCACCUGCUCCACUCUCCAAUUCGCUGCCAACAUCUGCUCUGCCAGAGUCCAUGACAGUGGUGGAGCUGCGUCAGGCCAUCGUGGCCAUGAUGAACAGGAAAGACGAGCUGGAGGAACAAAACACGUCUCUCCGCAGCUUGCUGGAUGGGGAGAUGGAGCACUCGGCAGGCCUGAGGCAGGAAACCGAUCAGCUGAAGAAGAAGCUGGCGGAGCUGGAGGAGAGACACACGGCCAAGGUCCAGGCGCUGGCCAGGGAGAAUGAGGUCCUGAAGGUCCAGCUGAAGAAGUACGUGGGGGCGGUGCAGAUGCUUAAGAGAGAGGGGAGCCAGGGCAAUGACGUUACGUCCGUGUUGCCUUCGAGUGAAGAACAGGCCCCCGUCCCGCAGAACAAGUCCAUGGGCGACAUCGAGGAACUCGCUUCCAGCUAUGAGCGCAAACUCAUUGAGGUGGCCGAGAUGCACGGGGAGCUGAUCGAGUUUAAUGAGCGCCUGUACCGCUCCCUCAUGGCCAAAGACCACCUCAUUGUCCAGAUGAGACAGGAACUCAUUGACCUGAGAGGACCGGUUGCAGGUGAUUUAAGCCAGACGUCAGAUGACCCCAGCCUUUCAGACUUUGAGACGGCUCAUCGUGCUCUCAUCAAUGUGUGGAUCCCCUCUGUGUUCCUGCAGGGCAGAGCUGCCAACGCCUACCACGUCUAUCAGGUGUACAUCCGUAUCCUGGACAACGAGUGGAACGUGUACAGGCGUUACACCGAGUUCAGGGAGCUCCACAAUCACCUGAGAAUCCACUUCCCACAGGUGGACACCUUCAACUUCCCACCCAAGAAAGCCAUAGGGAACAAGGAUGCCAAGUUUGUGGAGGAGAGGAGGAAGCAGCUACAGGGCUACCUUCGCAUGGUGAUGAACAAAGUGAUCCAGACACUGCCGGAGUUCACCGCCCGCCCCACCAAGGAGACCCUGCUGUCUCUGCUGCCUUUCUGUCUUGACACACCUCAGGCCAACGAUGGUGGAGCCAAGACGCCUCGAUCCAAAACUUCAUCCCGCUUCCCCAGACUGGGCCGCAGAGGCAACCAGGACGCCAGACCUGAACCCCAGAGUGGUGACCUUUAGUCCAAGAGCCUUUGGAACUGACUAUUGCUCAAAAUAUAGGCUGAGGACUACGAUGGAUAUUUGUCCAAACCUGGACUGUGGCACAUAAAGGGCGUGUAACGGACCUUCAAAGCCUUGCAGAUGAAAAGCCUCCGUCGAGGAUGCAGUCGGCAUCGACAUCACAGACAUCUCCGAGAGAUAUGUAAAUGUUUCUGUGCAUUUCCUGGCUGAGUAAAAAAAAAGAGAAAUGAUUCUCUCGAGGCUGCCUAACAAUGAACUCAAUCAUACAGCACCUCUUACCUCACUGAGAGACUACAAGACCCUUUGUUCACUGCACAUGAGCUAGACUGGAGUCUAUUAUCUUAAACACAACCAGAUGACAAGGACAUUUUUUUUUCUUACUCUUACUCUCAGUUUUUUUAGUGAGAGUGUAUCCUGGUCACAGUGCCUACAGUUGGUAGCUGCUUUUCUGCUCCAGGUGAAGGGAGGGGCGGGGGGUGAAGAGGGGGUAGACUAAAGCAUCCGCUUGUGGAAUUAGUCUUGAUUCUCAGCUAAUGUGUCAGCAUUAUGGUGCCAUUAUAUUUUAGAUAGUAAUAACUCACAAUCUCUGGCGUGGACCAACAGUCGAUGAGCAUUCCUUUGUCCUACGUAUAUAUUGUAUUUGAAUUAUUGAUAAUCUGCAGGAAGUGUAUCAUACAUCUGGUUCUCCAGAGAUGCAGUUAAUAUCAACAUCUCGUUAAGAUUACAUCGAUGAUCAUAUGAAAGGACAAACACAGCUAAAUCCAACACGUCUGGUGUGGGAUCUAAAGGAAAUCUUUAAUUUCCCUUCACAAUAAAACAAACCUGCACGACUUAAUUUAUCUUCCAACUUUGACUCAAAACAGACCGACUGCAGAGUGAAACAAUGACAGAAAGAUCCAAAACUUUAUCCAACAAGAAGCGGUGGACAUGUAAAUUAACUUUUACAAAAGAGGCCAUCUUUUCAUUUUUUGUACCCCCUUAUAACUUUACUCCAGUCCCUUAUUAACAAUUCAAAGGUUGCAUAAUAUACUCCUUUCCAACAAGUUAAAAUAAUUAUCAGUGCUCCUCAAAACAUGUCUGUGAAGUUUCUUGUUAAAUCCACUCUGAUCCUGUAUUUGAUCAUGCCUUUAAACCCCUCUAUUUCAGUCCUGCUCAGAACAGGCUGUUUCUGUGUCUGUACCUUUAAAUACAUGUGAGCUGUGUCUGACCACGCCCCCCUCUCUGGAAGGGCUUGGAUGGCUCAGGUUCUCCCACCAUGCCCAAUCGUUUACGAUGAGAAGGUAGACACAGAGGGCAGAACAAACACCGAGCUGUGGGAGUGUCACCCACCUGGGGGAGGGGUUACUUCUCUUUGUGAUGUCACAAAGGGAAAAUCUCCAAACGGCCUGUUUGAGCACACAUUUUCUAAAAAGUGGAACAGGCAAAAGACGGAGAGGACGGACUUUUCUCAUAAGUGGGGGGCUUUGAGACUAGCGACACAUAAUAGUCUUUGAAAACUAUGGUUAAGUGCAUUUUGCAUAAUAUCUGACCUUUAAAAGAUGUUUUUCCUAACAUCCACAGAUUUCAGUAAAUAGAUUAUUUCUUAAUAUCAGAGCAGAAAGGAAGGGAAACACAAUUUUACCAUUUAAAAUAAAUGUGUGGGCUGUGUUUUGGGUGGUUAACCAUCAGGGACCUCACAUAAAUAAGGAUCUUAAUCAAAGGUUGGUCGGCCACAGUGAUGAAUUAAAUGUUUAAAGAUUGUUCAACUAAUGUGUCUUAACAGGAUCUCAUGCAGCGUUAUGAUGCGAAUGAAUGUUUUAACGGCGACUAAACACUUGAAGAAAAAGCUGCUGGUUACAGUGCAUGCAGAAGAGCCGCGGAGCAUUGAGUGUGUGUAAAACAGAAGCUCAUGCAUAUGGAUGGCUCACCCAAGAGGAGACGCAGGCUGUGUUCAAAUGAGGAUCGAUUGUGUCGGAAAAACUUGAAUCAAAGGGUCGGCUCACAAAGUGGUAAACACUGUUCUCACUCGUUGGCGGGGGGGUCGGGGUUGGGGUGAACAAACACGCUUUGUUGGUUUUAAUUAAGUUGUUUUUCUUAUAGGGAAGUGACCCUCACAGGUUUCCCACUACUGGUAAGCACUGCACAGCGUUGUUCCUCACAAGGACGCUGUCAAAUGUUUAUUUUUUAUCAGACUCCCCUGAAGUCUUUAACAGAGAUGGUGUCAGUGGUAAAUAUGUGGCGAGCUUGCUGGAAGAAAAGACGAGAUAAAGUAUCAAAAAUCGUUUUCCACAUAACCUUUAUUUUUUGUUUGACAAAUUGCUCUGCAGUUGCUCCCUAACCACAACAUGUAAUGUAACAUACACAUGAAUGUUUGUCUUUUUUUUUUUUGAUUGAAGGUACUUUAAGUAUCUGCUAUGAUUACUACAGAACUGUAGAACUGCCUUGUAUGCGUUUUUUUUUUUUUUUUUUAAUCAGCCAACAGUAUCUAAUAUGUCCUAUACUGCUCUGUAACAGCUUAGUCACACAGUCUGUUUAUCAUAAUGAGAAGCCUUUACAUAGACAAAUCUCACAGUAAAGGUAAUGAUCAGUGGAUCUCUAGAAUAUGGAAGCCCUGAGCGGAUAUGCAUCCAUCCAUCAAUUUUUAUUUGAUCCAUUUCUGGGUGUUUCUUGAGAUCUGGACUUAUUUAUCUCUUAUCCACAGAGCUUCAAAAGCACAAAAACAAACAAAGAAAAAGGCUUAACUUGUCUUAUUAGUGUGGGUAAAGCUGCCCAUAAGGGGGGGUAAAGGGGAAAGGUUUUUGCAUGGGGAGGGCCCAUGGAGGUUAGCAAACACCUGGUCCAUCCUAAUUUUAAGCAACAAUGACCAAAUUUUUCACCUUAAUAUAAUUUCCUCUUAAAGCAACAAAAACACACUUUUGAUUUAUUGUUGCUUGAGUAAUAUGAACCCUGUUUCAAAAUCUAAAACCCUUCUUCUCCUUCUUUUUUUGUAAUCUUAAAGAGCCCAUAUUAUGCCCUUUUUGGGGUUCGUAUAUUUAAUCUAUGUAUCUACUUUUGUCGUUCACAAUAGCUAAAGUCCGAAAAAAGUGUCUGUUUUCAUGUACUGCUCCUCCUUGCUCCCUCUACGCUCUGAGUCCGUCAGCUACACUCUGCUGAGCCCACACUGUUAGACCCCACGUGGGCCAAGUCUGCUCUGAUUGGUCUGCCGAUCCGCUCUGUCGUUAUUAGUCAGUGGCUCAGCACGCUUCUUGGAAAUUUCAACAUGAGCUACAGGGCUUGCCACAACGAGCCAAUGGGCUUAGAUCAGUGAUCUCACACUGACAAUGACAUCGGACUGACACAUUUUUAUCGAGGGGGGCUAGAACCGAGCGUUACAUGCGGCUAAUGCUACAGCUAACAGGAGGACGCAGGAGAAGCUGCGUUUCCGCAGACUUUGAAUUUUUGCACAUAGAUGUGCCUAAACAUGCACAGGACACUUGGAAAACACACUAAAGAGCAUAUAAAACCAGAAAAGCAUAAUAUGGGACCUUUAAGGGGAGCCCAGAGGACGCCAAUGUUAGCCAGGUGGCUAGCGCUAACACAACUCAAAUGUGAAUACGUUGAUUUGAAUCAUAUCCUGGGAGGGGGCCAAGACAUAGCUGCAGGCGGGCCUGAGUGUGGCAAUGGCAGCGUGGCCUAUCAUAGUGACCAGUCUAUUGUUUGUUUUUUAUAGAUCACCAGAAGAUGACCCCAUUAUCACAAGAUACGCUUUGCUGCCUUGAGAUAUUGAGAUUAAUUAAUCUGUGAUCAUCCGGAGUAAAUGACAGAAAUAAAUUGAGAUAAGUCAAGUAAACAACUGACAUGAACUUAUCUCUGGGAAACCAGUGUUGUUGUCAUGAGAUAACAAGUUCAAUAAGUUGAGAUCUCAAGAAACCAUCCAAAAAUGAGUCAUUGCCACAGGUAAAUGGAGAAAAUAAAAAGUAUAGAUGCGUAGGGAUGUCUGUUCUAGAGCCAAUGGGGGAUCUAACUUUUCUGCACAAAUAUCUAUUUCUAUGUGCAUGCUAAUGAUCUGUAAUUCUGCACAUUAGAGAUUCUUAACAACUUAUUUCACCAUGGAGAAAUGUCUUUAUGUUGGGCUCAUCACAUUCCUUGUUAAAAGGACAAUUAUUUGGCAUUUGGUGGUUCAAAGAAGCAUUGCAGUGGUCCAACAAGCCUCACAGCAAGCUAGCAACCAUGUGGUGUCUACAAUGCAGCAUUUGAAACUAUUCAAUUCAAUAAACUUUACAAAGGGGUUUUAAUAGGAGGAAAAUGCAUCCAGUACAUUUUGUGCACUGCAGUAUGUUUUUUGUGAGUCAUGCUGAAUAAAAAUGGAACAGUUAUUGGAUGAGAGGAAGAAUCCCCGCAGCACUUUUGAGUUCUGAAACUUUUUUUUUUUUGGUUUCAGCUGUCUGAAGAAGGUUGUGAUCCUCUCUCUCCUGCAUUUCAAUCACAUUUGAAUCUGGAUUGUUCUCCUAAAAAGACAAAUGAUCCCCCAUUCUGUUGAGAACACACAGGUGCAAACUGAAUAUUAAGAAGAGCAACAAAAAUGCAGCACAGUUACAUCCUGCUGGACAUGCAGGUCUGCUCCUACAUCCUGAGGUGUGAUCACAAACAUCACUUUCUCUUUAACGGCUCCAUUUUCCUCUCUCAGAACCUUCAACACGCUGGUUGAAAUAUGGCUCUGUUCUUUGAGGCUGGGAAUCAAAGCGAAAGACAAGCAAAAGGAAGUGGGUUUAGUUUAUUGAGACACAGCCAAAGUGUCCUCUUCGCAGGAUGCCAUGUCUGUAUUAGUGGACUUUUAUUCUGUUCUUGCCUUAGUCAGCAGUCAGGUUUUUAUCUAUCAGCGUGGCAGCAGAGAGGGGCUGAACAAUAAAGUACAGUGUGUACAGUAUAUUACAAA